CUCCAGUGGGUCCCGCUCUGGAUGGCCCCCAACACCAUCACCCUGCUCGGCCUCGCGAUCAACCUGCUCACCACGCUCGUGCUCAUCUCCUACUGCCCCACGGUCACCGAGGAGGCACCAUACUGGACAUACCUUUUAUGUGCACUGGGGCUCUUUAUCUACCAGUCACUGGAUGCUAUUGAUGGAAAACAAGCCAGAAGAACAAAUUCUUGUUCUCCAUUAGGAGAACUUUUUGACCAUGGUUGUGACUCUCUUUCCACAGUAUUUAUGGCAGUUGGCGCCUCAAUCGCUGUUCGCUUAGGAACUCAUCCUGACUGGUUGUUUUUCUGCUCAUUUAUUGGGAUGUUCAUGUUUUAUUGUGCUCAUUGGCAGACUUACGUUUCAGGCGUGUUGAGAUUUGGAAAAGUGGAUGUAACUGAAAUUCAGCUAGCUUUAGUGAUGGUCUUUCUGUUGUCUGCAUUUGGAGGACCGACAAUGUGGGACUAUACGAUACCCAUUCUAGAUAUAAAAUUGAAGAUCUUUCCAGUUCUUGGAGUAGUAGGUGGAGCAAUAUUUUCCUGUUCAAAUUAUUUCCAUGUUAUUCUCCAUGGUGGCGUUGGCAAGAAUGGAUCCACUAUAGCAGGUACCAGUGUCUUGUCACCUGGACUCCACAUAGGACUGAUUAUUAUACUGGCAAUAAUGAUAUACAAAAAGUCAGCAACUAAUGUGUUUGAAAAGCACCCUUGCCUUUAUACCCUAAUGUUUGGGUGUGUAUUUGCUAAAGUCUCACAAAAAUUAGUGAUAGCUCACAUGACCAAAAGUGAACUGUACCUUCAAGACACUGUCUUUUUUGGUCCAGGUCUUUUGUUUUUAGACCAGUACUUUAAUAAUUUUAUAGACGAAUAUGUUAUUCUAUGGAUAGCCAUGGCCAUUUCUUCAUUUGAUAUGAUAAUAUACUUCAGUGCUUUGUGCCUGCAAAUUUCAAGACACCUUCAUCUAAAUAUCUUCAAGACUUCGUGUCAUCAAGCACCUGAACAGGUUCAAGUUCUUUCUUCAAAGAGUCAUCAGAAUAACAUGGACUGAAGAGACUUUCGAACGUUUGCCAUCUCUUGCUGCUGCUAUUUCAUGAAAGAAGAUAUUGAACAUUUGUUUAAUUUUUAGUUAAGUGUUACACAUAUUUCAGCAAAUAAAAUAUUUCAGUGCUUACAUUAA